UGUCCGUGGGGUGGAUCGCCUGUCAAUAUUUCUCCACAUUUAUUUUUCUUCUUUCUCGUCAGUUCUUCCACUUCAGCGAUGGAUCUCAAGAAGCUUGCGGGUCAGGCAGGACAGUUUUUAACCCGUGCCGUCCAGUACACAGAGGAGAAGAUUGGCAGUGCAGAAAAGACAGAGCUCGACCGGCACUUUGAGUCCCUGUCCCUGCAGGCAGAUGCAGCGAGGCAGUGGACUGAAAAGCUGGUGAUUGGAGCUGAGGCUGUGCUCAUCCCCAACCCUGGGAACAGAGUAGAAGAUAUGAUUUUUGAGAAGAUUGAAAAGCGCCGUCCAAACAGGCUAAGUAAUUUGGAGUACUUAGGAUUGGAUAUGGUGCAAGCUGGGAAUGACUUUGGCUCUGGAACACCUUAUGGUUCUGCUCUGCUGAAGGUGGGUGGAGCUGAGCAACGCCUGGGACUAUUGGAGCGAGAGUUUGUGAGUAAUGCCAUUCAGGGCUACCUGCAGCCCAUGAGAAAGUUCCUAGAUACAGAAAUGAAAACAAUUACCAGGGAGAGACGACUUCUGGAGACUAAGAGACUUGAUCUUGAUGCCUGCAAGAGUCGGCUCAGAAAAGCUCGCUCAAUGGAUGGUCAGUCAUCGCAUAAGGAUGCUGUGGACCCCAAAGUGUUGGUUGCUCAGCUUCAGGCAGAGCAGGAAUUGCUAGAAGCUGAGGCAGAACUAAGGAAGGCUCAGGCAGAUUUUGAUCGACAAACUGAAAUAACAAAGUUGCUUCUAGAGGGUGUGAGGUCCUCGCAGGCUGCUCACCUGCGGCACCUCAAUGAACUGGUGGAGGCACAGGCGCAGUACUAUGAACAGUGCCACAAGGUUAUGACUGACGUGCAGAAGGAAAUGGCCAGUGUCCCCUUCAACCCCUCGGCAGUGGGAGCUUUUGACAACAGUGUCCCAGUUUUCCAAAUAAAUGAUGAAGAAAUUGACUUAAAAUCCCCCUCUUCACCAUAACCCAGCCUUCCCCACAUAAUCAGGAAUCAGCUGAUCCCUCUUUCCUGCUCUUUCAGCCUCUUAUGAUUGUCCUAUUCCUGUCUGUCUGUUUUGUUAGUGGUGUUUCAUGCACUUAUGUUAUGUCUUGGUAGAGCAGAAUGUUGAGAUAGGGCUGUUAAGUGAGUUCAAUGAACUGCAAAAGUACAUUGCCUGUUAGGAUUAGAUCCACAUGAUGCCUUUAUUGGUAGGGAUAUAUAGUGGUGUGACUGUAAAUAUUGCAGAAUAGAAAGGUUAUUCUAUGGUGCAACUGUAUAGGAAUCAUAGAAAUUAUCCAUAUUGCCUGCCACUUCUUGCAGUUGCUUUAUUUUAACUUUUGUUGCUUUGAGAGCAGCUAUUUUAUGGCUGAUCUUGUUGAUUGUGACAACAUAUCAGAACAUAUUGUGAUAUGGAAAUGAUUAUCUUGUUGAAUGUAAAAAGCUACUAAUUUUGAGCCUGUAAUUAUAAGUUUAAUUUCAAACAGAAAUGGAGCACCGAAUGCAUGGCUACAGGAAUUAUUUUAUUUAUUUGUUUGUUUUUUGCUACAUGUAGACCAUAUAAGACUUGCCAUCCCAAACCAGUUUCCUGUAUUUAUCAUGUGGACAGUGCAUUUAGUGACAAUUGGGUAUCUAGAAUAAGAGGAAGCCCAUCUGAUAAUAACAAUAUUUAUAUUAUGUCAAGACAUGUUUGCAGAAUGCUGCCAUUUAAUAGCUAGUUAGUUAGCAGCAAUUCAGUAACAUUUAUCUAGCACUCAUGACUAUUAAUAUUCAUCAGUACCUAUGAUCAGGACUGCCUCCAGCCAGUCUCACUGUGAUUAGUAUAACAUAGGUUUACUCAAGUAGUGGCACCAUUCAUUAAUAAGAACUGUCCACAUCAUCUCAGUAACCUCAGGAGGGCUCUCUGUGCUUACUCAUGAUGGAGAUUGUGGUCAGUGCUGUUUUUCACCUUAUUAGCAUUACUGCCAGUAGUCUCCUAGAUGCAACUUGGUUGCAAGAUAGAGCAUGAAACAGUAACUGGCAAGUUACAAUAAGAUCCUCAGCCAUAACACUAUUUAGGAAAUAGUAUAGAGAGGGAAAGCCGAAAGUGGCUGUAAUGAAUAGAAGAAACUAUUUCUCAGUCUUAGGAAAGAAGCUACUCUCUGUUGUUAAUAUUGUGGGUGGGAAAAUAUAUGCCCUGGAAGAGUGUGUACAUACAAACUUGUUAGUCUCCUAUAAUACUUCUGUUGUUUGUUGUGCAAAUCUUUGUUAUGAAUAUUCUGAUAUUACUGUGAUGUGUCAUAACUUCCUCUAGUACAGUAGCAAUAAUAGACUAUCUAUUGUUCUACAUUUUCCAAAGUAUCACCAUAAAAAAAGUGAAGAAAUUUGUUGAUGAUAUUAAUUAAUGUAAAUUUUGAUGCAUUGUUAAUGUUUGUCAGUUAAUGAUUAUAAAUACUGAUGAUAGUUACAUACCUGAACUUCUUUAUAUAAGAAAUCUACUGUACUUAAACCACAACUAAACCCACAUUGCAUAGUCUGCAUUCUUCCAUUGUUGCUACUGUUGCAUUUUACUGAGAACUCUCAUUGAGCAGCACCUGUAGAGAUUGGCAUGCUAUAUAUCUGAGGCCACCUAUUUGUUGAAUAUCUCUAUAGAUAUAUGAUUUACCUAAAGUAAUUGUUUCAUAAUUUCUGUACUUACAGUUGUAAUAAUGACCACAGUUCCCCUUUGCCUUUUCUCCACUAAGUAAAGUGUUUUCUUUUGUUUAUUAAUGAAUAGCUAUGUAACUUAAUGCAUUUGUUGCAGAAUGUGAUGAAUGUAGGAAGUAUUCAGGAUGACACAGUUGCUUGCCACAGCAUAUUUUCCUUUGUUAAUGAACAAAAAUGCAGUCAGUGUAAGCUAAUUACUUUCAGGGUAUAUGUAGGACUCUUCAUGAGAUUGUCAAAUAAUGCUUUGUAGUUCAUAUCCAACCUAGUGAAUCUCAUCAUAAAGGGUCAGUGAAGAACAGUGCUGUGUGUGUGUGUGUGUGUGUGUGUGUGUGUGUGUGUGUGUGUGUGUGUGUGUGUGUGUGUUUAUCUAGUUGUUGUAUUUGCCUAGUAAUAUACAGGGAGUGAGCCAGGCUUGUAGGGUCCUGUCUCCAUAUUUCGUGUUAUCAAAUUCCUCCUUAAACUCGUGAAAGUUUCUGGCAUGAACUACCUCUCUCUCAAGAUCAUUCCAUGCAUCAGUACAUCUGUAUGUGAAGUGGAACCUUUUAUAUCCCUUGGACAUGUUGUCUUCUUUAGUUUCUUUCUGUACCCUUUUGAUUCUCUAAUGUCCUACACAAACACGUCAUUCCCACCAAAAGGCUCUAAUUUAUUAAUUGCUCUGUAUAUCACUUUCAAGGUCCUUUUCUCUUUUUUCCUAGUCAAUAAUUUAUGUUUCUUUUGUGAUGUUGUUUAAGUGCUUCUCUUAGGAUAAGAUACUUUAAAUCAUCACUCCCAAAAUCCUUUUCCUAUUCCAAUUUAUUAUUUUUUUUUCAUUUCCCAUUUUCUAAUUUCAGUUUAGAUGUUUAGAAUCUUUCCCCAUCUCCAUAACUUUGCUUUUUUUGGUGUUAAAUGCCAUCUCCCACUCUUUGUUCCAUUCAUAAAUUGUAUUAUCUUUCUAUGUCACAUGUUUUCUUUAACAUCUUAGCAUCAUCAGCUAAAAGACUUGUAUGAGUAUAGCUGCUUACUUCAUCCACCUUGUCAUCCAUGUAUAUCAGGAACUUCACUGUUGGUAACACUGAUCCCUGUGGCACUCCACUAGUUGCUCCUCAUCUUCUACCCAUUCACAUAUUUUAUCUAUUUCUAUUCUCAUUUGUGUGUCUCUCUUAAAUGAUCUUCCAUCCAUCUCAGGAUGUUUCCCUUCAAGCCUCCUUCAGUUCUUGACAAAAUUUUUUUACUCAUAUAAGUAGGAGGGUUCUCAAUGGGAUUUCAAUCCUUUAGACUUCAGACAUGUCAUCAGACAUCUAGUUACAGUUUCUAGCAAGUGUUGCAGGCACAAUAGGUCGAAAUUCUUCUGGAUGUCAUGAAUCUGGUGUUCCAGCUUGACCAUGGUCAAUGUGUUGAUGUCUUGUAAUUUGCUCUUGAUGAGUCCCCAUAAAGAAACUGUAAGGCUCAAAUCAGGUUAAUUGCAGGGCCAGUCCUUCCCAAAUGACUUAAUGUUCUCCACCCACCUCAGCACAGCACCUUCUUGGCUCUAUGGCUCGAAGUACUAUUGUCCAUGAGUCAGCGUGUCUUUUCAAAGUUGUACCCCAGGUUUUCAUUCAGCAGUUCACUGUUUUGGUCUGUGUUCAGUUUUGUUUCAUAGUAACACAACAAGGCUGCUGGUUCCAUGGUACCCAAAGCAGCCCCAGACUGUGAGCCUAUCUGGAAAUUUAACAAUUGGAACAUAAAACUUGGGGUCAAGAGUCAUUCUACAUAAUACACUCCACAUCAUGCAAAAGUGGCCUCAUCACACCACACUACCAUUGACCAUUGCUUAUGAGUCCAGUUUUGAUAUUUUUUAAAACUUUCUGGCAAUUAUUCACUUAUCAGGUCAUUAGAAAUGCCUUUCUGCAUGAGAUGCAAUGCUUGUAUUUCAGGGGCACUGAUCUUGUAGAUACAUUACUCACUAACUGUUUGUUAGACCCCUUUAUUUCUUAUGAACACAGGCAGGGAUUCUUCUUAACUUUCCUCUAAUUGUCAAGGUCAUAGUAUCAACAGUGUAUGGUCUGCCAGAUUGUUUCUUGUGGGAGGUGGUGAUGCACUCCCAGUCUUAUAAGAACACUUGGCACGCAAUAGAGCUCUGGUCUCUGUGCAUAUCUCCUUCACAGACUUCCCACACCUAAUUAAUGCUAACACAACAACAAUAUCAGACUCUGGUAAAUCCUUGCCUCUUUCCAUUUCAUCAAAUGGUGGCUCAAAAGGUGUCACAGUAAGGGCAAAAUCCAGUACAUGUGGUGGAUUGAAUGUCUCAAGGUCAGCCCUCUAGCACUGCCCCCGGGGAACUGGUGAAUCAUUGAGGUUGCUCAUGUGUUACUGUGGACUCCUUCUCCUUCAAGUAUCUAAACAUAUUGCGAGAUGAAGAGACCGUAGUGAAUCUUGCUUUAGAUUUCACAAUUUUUGUGAUUUUCAUGUGAAAACAUCUAAUAUUUUGUUCAGGACUGCCUUUUUCAGAUCCAGGUUUACACCAUCAACCUGACCAUCCCAUGUAUGUAAUUCAUUUAUGACCUUUGUGUAAAAAUGCAGUAAGUUGGUGGUACAAGAUCUACAUCUGAAUCAAUAUUAUUGCAUCAAGAUCUUAAGCUCUUCCAAGUAUUUUAUCACUUAUCUUUAAUUGUGAUUUUGCAUAGUUUAGCUGCCACACUGGUCUGUGACGCAGGUCUAUAAUUAAAGAGGUCUUCCUUAUUUCCUCCUUACCUUUUUCCAUUCAAAUGGUACAGCUGCUUCUCUCAUUGAAUAUAUUAUCAGCUGUAUUUUGUCCACCAACUGGUUCUUACAUUCUCAUAGGAUCCAAUUAGAGAUUCUGUCUUUGCCAGGAACAUUUGUUACAUCCAAAUUUUUUAAUGGUUUCAUUACUUCCUGUAGAUUCACCUCAAUCACUUCUGGUGCUUCUUGUCUGUAGGUUACCUCUGGCACAGAAUCACUUUCCUUUAUGAAAGCUUGAAAAUAUUCACUAGUUUUGCUUGUUCCUUUGAUUCUUUAUAGACUGUAUUACCAAUCCAUAACUUACUAAUUCCCACCUUUUGUUUAAAUUUUUCACUAAUAAACCUAUAGAAGUUCUUUGGUUCAUCCUUGGACUUCUUAGUGAUGCUUCUAAAUUUUUUUUCCUCCCUUUUGAUUCUCACAUAAUCAUUUCUAACCUUAUGAUAUUCUUGCUUUGUUCUGUUGUUUCAUUUCCUCCAUGUAUUCUAUGUAAUAUUUGCUUUUCUUUUUUUGCAAUGUCACAUUGGUUAUUGAACUAGUCUGUUUUGUGUUUUUCUCUUCCAGUUAAUCUUGGAUUCAUAUUUAUCCACCUACCAAGGUGUAGCGUACAGGACCUGAGCUACACUUAUGUGAUCCUGUCUCAGUGUCUGUAUUUACUCAGUCUUGUUCAUCUGAUGUAAACCCUUUGCUGUUGCCAUGUCUUUGUUUAGUUCAUUCCAUUUAUCUAUAUCUCUGGGGAGCUAGUGUAUUUGUGCUAUUCAAGCUUUUUUUUUUCCUCAUAUUUUACGUACACUUAAGUAUUCAAUUUCUCUUAUCCUCUGUAAUAGUAUGUCUCUUCUCUUUAAUUCUUAUAAUUCUUUAUAAAUUUAUUUAUGAAUAACUAAUUCUCCUCUCUCUUCUCUUCGUGUUAGCAGCUCCAUUUUUCAAUAUUUCCUUAUUGAUUAGAUUUUCUCAGUGUGUGCAAAUCUUGACGUUUUUAUCCUUGUAUAUCCUAUUUAUAUUUACACAUGUUUUCUCGUGAGGAACAGUACAAUUUUAGCAUGCAUGUUUGUCUCUUACCUGUGUGUGUGUGUGUGUGUGUGUGUGUGUGUGUGUGUGUGUGUGUGUGUGUGUGUGUGUGUGUGUGUGUGUGUGUUUAAUUAGUUUUCUGCAGCUAGUUGUAAAGUUGUAAAGUACAGGAUUUAAAACAAAACUUAUGUUAUCAUGCCUUAUAUCAAUUUUUGUUAACCUAGUUUUAAACUUAUGGGUGUUCUUUGCAUAUACUAUUUCUUCCUCAAUAUCAUUCCAAAUGUCGUUGCAUCUGUUUGGGAGGCUGAAUUUUUUUAUAAUCUUUCAAUAUUUUGUUGGUGUGUUUAUUUUAUUUUAUUUAUUCAUGUUCACAUAAUUUAGUUUUAUCUUUCUUCACUGUUAAGUUUUCUCUGUCAAUGUUCAGAUCCAUUUAGCAAUCCAAGUGUGUGUGUGUGUGUGUGUGUGUGUUUACCUAGUUGUAUUGUACAGAGCACAAACCAAAGCUCAUUUUGUUGUCACCAUAACCAUAUUUAUCCAGUUUCUCAUUAAACAUGUGUGCACUGUUUGCCACAACCCCCUCUUCCUUCGGAUCAUUCCAGAUUUCAAUAGUUCAAUACAGGAAGCUAUAUUUCUUGACGUUACUCAAACAUCCACCCUUCUUUAUUUCUUCCCAUGCCUCCCCCCCCAUCUAUCUCGCUCUCCCUUCAUCUGUGGUAUCAAGUCACUUCUGUCUAUUCUUUCUAUAUUGUUUGCUAAUUUGUACAUUAUUAUCAGGUCUCCUCUUUCUCUUCUCUCCUGUAGUGGUGGUAAUCCCAUCUCUUCAAGUCUUUCUUCAUAGCUUAAGUCUUUCAAUUCUGGUGCCAUCCUUGUUGCUAUCCUCUGUAUUCUUUCCAGUUUCUGUAUAUCUUUUUUUUUCUAAGUGGAGCCCAAACUACUGCUGUGUAUUCCAAUUUAGGUCAUAUCAUGCUUAUAAUUUUCUUCAUCAUUUCUUUAUCUAAAUAGUUAAACGCCACCCUAAUUUUUGUUAACAAGCUGUAUAUAAAGCCAAAUAUUCCAUUCAUGUGCCUUUCAGGUGAUAGUGUGUCCUGGAUCAUUACUCACAAAUCUUUUUCUUCAUUAUUUUUGUUAUUAUUUCUCCUCCCAUUUUGUAAUUCCAUGAAGGUCUCUUUACUUUUUCUUAUUUCCAUCACUUGGCAUUUUCUGGCAUUAAAUUCUAGUUUCCAUCUUUGGCUCCAUGCAUGUAUCUUGUCAGUAUCCUUUUGUAAAUCCUUGCAGUCAUUUUCAUCCUUUAUUGUUUUCAUUAUUUUUGCAUCAUCAGUGAAAAAGUGUGUGUGUGUGUGUGUGUGUGUGUGUGUGUGUGUGUGUGUGUGUGUGUGUGUGUGUGUGUGUGUGUGUGUGUGUGUAUGUGUGAAAUUCACUGCUGUCUUGAGGAUUGCAUGCUGGUGGACACAUGGUUGACAGUUGUACCCUCCUAAUGAGAACUUAGAGCUUGUGUAGUCUAAUGUAUGGCUAAGAUUAGGGCACUCAGUGCAGUAAAUAUCCGAUCACUUUAUUCAGAGUGGGUAAUAUCUUCUUGCUCAUCAUUGGAAAUCUUUAAUGGUCUAGGUGUGGUGCCAACUUCAGUCUGCAACAAUAUCAUCACAUAGUUAGCAAACUGUGUUUGAGUGUUUGUGUGUGUGAUUUGAGCUAGGAUUGCUACAUUUUGUCUGUCCUGCAUGCAUCUGACUUGUUAAAUCUUGAAUACUCCUUACUUGUAUCACUCCAUAUUUAAUCCAUUCCGAAUAUCUAUAGCUGAGGAACUACAUUAUUUCCUACCAUACAAUUCAUAAUAUUUUGUCAUAGAUAUUGCUUUGUAAAUCAUGCUUGUUAUACCGUGAAGGUCAUGUUUUGAGCUGAGCCUAAUGAGGUACCAUACACUUCUGUUCAAAAUAAUGGCCUCUACCCUCUUUUCUGUAUGAUUUUUACUUUAUCCAUGUAUGCAGGACUUAAUCAUAAGUGUAUAUUAUAACCAUAAUCAUAUCAUAGACAUUCAACCUCUCAACAUUUCCACAUCCUUAUAAUUAAGUAUUACUUUUAUGUUUAUCAGUAACCCAUAUGAAUUCCCACUGAUCAUAUUAACAGUAAAUACUUGGAGGGAGACUUGCCCUUGGUGAAAUGUACAGCUUCUGAGCCAAGUAUAAUUUCUGAAAUAGCUUUAAUAUUUCUACUUCUAUCAGAAUAAUCCUUAUUGUCACUGGAAUACAGCAUAUCAUUCAUAUUUUUCAUAUUUUAAGUGCCUCUCUGCAUCUGUUAUAGUAAGUCUACUCCUUGAUCUUAUCUAAUCCAUCUUACUCCUUCAUUAUGUGUCCAUUAAUAUCUUCAUUGCAGCUUUAUAAAGGUAUAUCUAUCUGUAUUUGUUUCACUCCAGUCAGAAAACCCAAGGCAAAUUUUAAAACUUCCAUAGCUUUAUCUGUAAUUGUAAUUAGCCUUUCUCUUUGUAACUCCUCCAUCUCCUCCACUCCCUAUUGACAGCCCUGCCUCAGUAUUGUAUGGCCACACAUACCCAUUGGGUGCUGAUAUUUCAGCUCAUGUAUGCUAUUUGAAUCUUUAUGUAUCCCUCAUGUGAAUUGUAAUCUGUUCAUGAACUAUAUCAAGUGAUGUUUAUAGAUCAUUGCCAGAGAGGAACUGCAAUGUUAGGGUGAACUAAUGCUGCAUCAAAAUUAUUUAUUGUUUAUUACAUGUGUAGCAACAUGCUAAAAAUAUCAAAAAAUUAUUUGUAAUUAGUUAAAUAGACCUGAUAAUAUAGAACAAAAUAUUAAAGAUGGUUGGUUUUAAGUA